AGAUAGACAGGCCUCAACACAGCCUCCUCGCCGAGCACCGCGCACACACACACACAGGGUCCAUGCUCUCCGUACGAACACACCGGCACUCUCAGUUCUCUAAACAACCUCUUCUACUGCACUCACGCGCACUAAAAAAAGAUAAGACGAUCUAUCGAACUUUUUUUUAAACUCAAAAAAAAAAUUAUCGUUUUAUUGAUUCCUAUAGUUGACUAGACUAGACGUCUCCGACGAUUUGAAGACGAAAAUACGUUCUAAACAAAACUUUUAUGACACAAUAAUUAAUUAUACAUGUCACUUUAAUUAUGUAAAUAGAUAUGGGUGAUAAUCAAUUUGAAUUAUGUGUUUCGAUUUCGUUCGCUUUGUUCAAUGUAAACAUAUAUAUAUCAUAGUGACGUCUAAAAGUUCCCGCGUAUUUUUUUCCCUCAAGAGAGCUAGUGUUGUAAUAAAAUGUUCGAACAAGAAGUUAUGUGGUACUGAUUUGUGUUCGUGAAUGGAAACAGUAUAUUGACUUGCAUACCAUUAUGGAACGACACCAAAAUGGUAUGGAUGUGUGGGUAGGCCAGGGUCGAGUGAAUCAACUGGGAGGUCUAUUUAUCAACGGUCGACCUCUACCAAACCACAUCAGGUUGAAAAUAGUGGAAAUGGCCGCAGCCGGCGUAAGGCCCUGCGUUAUCUCGCGACAGCUACGCGUCUCACACGGUUGCGUGUCCAAAAUACUCAAUCGAUACCAGGAAACCGGUUCGAUUAGACCUGGCGUGAUUGGCGGAUCGAAGCCGAGGGUCGCUACACCUGAAGUAGAAGCUAGAAUCGAAGAACUCAAACGACAAAAUCCGGGUAUAUUUUCAUGGGAAAUAAGAGAAAAGUUAAUUAAGGAAGGCGUCACGGACCCACCCAGCAUAUCGUCAAUAUCCCGACUGCUUAGAGGAGGUUCGAGGGACCCGGAUGGAAAGAAAGACUAUAGCAUCGACGGCAUACUUGGAGGCCGCGGAUCUGACUCUUCAGAUAUCGACUCCGAACCAGGAUUGACGCUGAAAAGGAAGCAACGUAGAUCUCGAACAACAUUCACAGGCGAGCAACUUGAUGCAUUAGAGAGGGCGUUUCACAGAACACAAUACCCAGAUGUCUACACUAGAGAGGAAUUGGCACUUCAGACAGGACUUACUGAAGCAAGAAUACAGGUCUGGUUUUCAAAUCGAAGAGCGCGCUUAAGAAAACACACAGGAUCAAACACCAGCCCCGGCAUCACAGGCUAUGCGCCAUUACCCAUGCCCCAAAUACCAUGCCCUUAUCCUGCUGGCGAAAUAUCGUCUCUUGUGCAACACCAUCCUCAACAUCCCGAUGCUUGGCAUCACCAAAAAUACGCCAAUUACAACCAGCUUAUGGCACAAUCACAACACUUGAACCAAGCUUUCCAAAAUGCUGCCUUCCCAAGUACUUCAGGAUCCUCGUUCAGUCACUUGGUAAGCAGUACUAAUGGGCCACCUCACAACCAAAUACUAGACACCGGUAUACCAAGAAAUGAAUAUCCAAGAUAUCCCACUAAUGAAAUCUAUGCCAAACCUAUGAAUUAUCUGCCCAAAGAAACUGAAGGUGAAAACAAAAUCACAGAAGAAAUUGUUGAAGCAAGAGAAGAUCCUUAUGUUAAACCAGUCGAGCACGAAUUUGAUAAACCUCUACCUGCAAACGAAACUGAGUACUCUAAAGUUCCUACAGAUUAUUCCAAAGUUCCUAUAGAUACUACAACCACACAAAAUUGGAGUCCAUCACAUAAUUCACUGAACAUGAGUCUUGCUGGUAUAUCCACUGAAUACAAAUACAUGAAUGAUCCUUACACAUUCCCUAACGUCGGAGAAUCUCUUAAUCCUCAUAGUUAUUCUAAUCCCCCAAAUAUGGCAAACAAAUACUGGAUAUGAUAAUAAUUAAAAUAUUAUAGUUAAUAAAGUGUAGAGGAUAUUUUAA